AAGAUGUUAUUAAUUUUUCUAACACUAUUAAAAUUAAUUUCAUCAUCGUCAAUAAAAACAAAUGAAAUUGAAAGUUUUUUUAAAAUUCUCAAACCCAAAAAUUUAAUGGAAAUUUUUAUAAGUGAAAAAAAUAAUUCCAAUUGCAUUAAUGAUAUUUCGUUUGUAAUUAAUGAAAUAAAAAAUUCAACAACUAAUCUCAACACUAUUUGGGCAUUAAAAAUGUUGGAUUCGAGUACAAAAAUACCAUCUGGUUUUUUAACGGGAAAUUUGGUUGAUUUGGGAAUGUUCGAUGAAUGUAUUUCAAUUUUAAAAAUCAAAAACGAAAAAAAAAUUCAAGGUCGUCAUUGUUUAUAUUCUUUUAAGUUAAAAAAAUUUCCUUUUCCAUUGACAUUUGCCAUUUGUAUUCCUUCGUCUUGUCAUGAACAGGAUUUAAAAUUUCUUUUUGACAAAAUAAAUAAAAAAAUUAAUGAAACGGAAAAUUUUACAAAUUUCACAAUUCAAGAUUUUUCUGCAACUUGUUCGAUUGUUGGUAAUAGAGAAAUAACAUUUGGAACUAUUGUCACAAUUGUCAUAUUGGUAAUAAUUAUUUUUUUCCUACUAAUUUGUACCUUUUUUGAUUAUGCUGAGAAAAAUUUGAAAUUUAUUUCCAAAUGUAGUAAAAAUUUAGCAAAAUUUUCCCUCAUCAAAAGUAGUGCAAGAAUAUUUAAUAUAAAACGCAAUUAUAGUAAUAAUAAUAAUUCACUGCCUGUGAUUCAUGGAAUUCGAACAUUAAGCAUUUUUUGGAUUAUUUUUGGUCAUUCAUUUACUGCACGAUUAUUUACACCAUUUGUCAAUUCAUUGUACAAAUAUAGAUGGUUUACAUAUCCAAAUAGUUUGUAUAUUUUUCUGGCACCAUUUGCAGUUGAUACAUUUUUUGUUAUUAGUGGAUUUUUGAUGACUUAUCUUGUUCUCAAGGAAUUGUCACAUGGCAAAAGAUUUAAUAUAUUUAUAUAUUAUUUACAUCGUUACAUAAGAUUAACACCAGUUGUAGUGAUGUUAUUAUUAAUAACAAUUUUCAUUCUUCCACAUUUGGGAUCUGGUCCAUUGUGGGAAAGAGGACUUAAUAAAAUGUUAUCAAAUACAUGUAGAGAAAAAUGGUGGACACUUUUAAUUUAUAUGCAAAAUUAUAUUCGAUCUGAUAUCGAGUGUUUAGGUCACACUUGGUAUUUAGCGGCAGAUAUGCAUUUUUAUUGGCUCUCACCAAUAAUAUUACUUCCAUUGGCAAAAAAACCAAAAUUUGGUCUCAUUAUAUUGGGAUUAUUAUUUAUUAUUUCACUAAUGAUUGUUGGUAUUUUAAUAUCAAUAAAUGGAUAUGUUUCGACAUUGUAUUCAAAUAGUGUCACAUUAGAUAAGGUGGCAACGUCUUUUCGAUUUUUCUACACUGUCUCACAUACCAGAGCAAGUUCUUGGCUCGUGGGAAUAUUUUUAGGUUAUGUUGUUCAUUUGAAACCGAAUUUUCUCAACAAGAAAAUUUCGUAUCUCGGAUGGAUAGGCGCUUUGGGAUGUUUUACAUUUUGUAUAAUUGGACAAAGAAUUGUUUUAGAAGAAACAUAUAAAUAUAGUUCAACAUUCGAAGUGACUUUUGGAAUGUUUUCACGACCAAUUUGGGCAAUUGGAAUUUCAUGGAUUAUUUUUACAUCAAUUUUUGGUUACGGUGGUUUCGUGACAAAAUUUCUAUCACUUCCAAUUUUUGCCCCUUUUAGUAAACUUUCCUAUUGCAUUUACAUUGUUCAUGCAACAUUUCAAAUUGCAAAAGUCAACACUAUUAAAACUGCUGAUUAUUUUUCUGAAUUUCCAAUGUUCCUCUACUUUCUCAGUGAAUUAUCAAUGACAAUAAUAUUGGCUUAUUUUUUCUCAAUACUUUUUGAAUCACCAAUUAUGGUUUUGGAAAAAAUGGUAUUCAAGAGGAAAAAAAAUAAUAAUUUACAAUCACAAAAUUUACAGCAAAGUGAUAUAAUCAUCAAUGAAGCUAAAAAAUCGUAAUUUUAUUUUAAUAUUUUAUUUAUUAUAAUAUAUGAAUUUUUUUUAUGAAAUAGGUAUUAAUUUAAUUUAAACUUUAAAUUAAUUUUAAUUUAAAUUGUAAUUAUUAUUUUUAUAUUAUAUUUGUUAAUUGAGACCGGGUUCAAUUUUAUAUUUGGCAACGUUUCGGUUACUUUGUUUACUGCCAAAAUCAAGCUACUUUAUAUAACAAAAAUUAUUAAACAAAUUAAAAAUUAACAUAUAUAAUAUUAUAAUAAACAGUUUUUUUUAGUAGAAAAUACAAAAAAAU